UCCUGCGUAAACAAUCGGGGGCACCUGCCGGAAGUCGGUCAAUUUAACUUGGAUACACGACGCUUUUGCAACUUCAUUGGCAUGGUAUUUGAACCAAACGAUUUCGACAUAAAUUCUGAGUUUUAUUAAUUCGCAUUGAAAAAGUUAAAUAAUUAUGAAGUGAAAAGCAUUCACUCACCGUGUUGUCAUCGAGUGUAAGAGUCGGAAACGUGGAGUAGAACCUGGAACACUCAGUAGAUCGUCGUUAUAUCUGGUAAUAGUAUAUAUAGCCUAUAUAUACAUGUAAAUGGUGUGAUAUCAUGCUAACUGCGUGACAGACGUAGCGGUAAUUAAGUAACACGCCGCGUUGACUUUCUCGAGUGAAAGUGGAGGCAGUGGGGCAGUAAAGCAACAGAAGUCUCGGUACUCCAUUAAUUAUGCAGGAGGCAAGAAAUUAACUUAGUGAGGGUAUCGAGGGACAGAACUGUACAGACUUCUUUAUGUGCCGAGGAGUUAAAGCUUAUCACGUUCCAAGUAUCAUUAUAAUCUGACUAUUUUUUUCUUUAUCCCGUCAUAUCAAUGUGUCGUGUAGAGUUUAUGAAGAGAAAAUACCUCACGUUCAUUCUGUUGAUGUGAUUAUCGUAUAUAAAUCCCAGAGAGCCCCAUGCAAUAAAACUAUAAAGAUAUCGCCAACACGUUACAAAGGGCCUGUCUGACUUGCUAAAUGCCAGUCCAAUGGAGAGUGGUCUGUUGGUCAGAACUAUGGACUAUUUUGAGGAUGACCUGUACGACAUCCUUGUUAAGGGUAAGCGGGAGCCCCUCAAGGAGUUUCUAGACAAGGGGUUGGAUGUGAACCAUGCAUUCCGCAGUACUGACCGUCCCGACCGUCUUGGUAAAACCCUUAUAGAGGUAGCGGUCCAGGAAGAGCAGAAGGAUAUUGUUGAGGAGCUGGUCAGUAAGAAAGCAAAUGUCAAUCUGAAAUACAUUGUGGAUGUUAACAACUAUGCUUAUACAUUGAGGGAAUACAAAAAGAAAGACUGUUUAAAGCUAACUGUCAUAUAUGCUUGUAUUGUCAAAACCAAAGUAGAGAUGAUCAAAUUACUGGUUCAGGCUGGAUACAAUGUAAAUAACCAUGAUGACCGUGGCUGUACCUGUCUCUGGCAUGCUGUGGAUUUAAACAACUAUGAAAUGACUAAGGCCAUUCUUUUAGCCAAAGAAUGUGAUGUGAAUGUGAUGGACACUGCUCUUCUUCGCCCGCUUCAUAUAGCAGCUAUGCAUGGUAACCACAAAAUCAUGUCACUGUUGAUACGAAGAGGUGCUCGUAUUGAUGCUGUCCAACUGAGAGGAUGGACAGCAUUAAAUCUGUCCUGUCGAACUGGAUGUGUAGCCACAACGAGAAUGUUGCUAUUGAAUGGUGCCGAUCCAAAUCAUAUUGCUUAUAAUGAACAUACACCACUUUCUAUGGCUCUACAAUAUUGUGAGGACCGUCAAAUCCCAGAGCUACUUCUUGAAGCCGGAGCAGAGGUCACCAUGUCUUUGAUGAAAAAGUGUAAAGAGGAUAAAAUGGCCAACUUGCUACUGAAUCCUGACCUCUUCUAUCUGAUGAAGUUUUUGUCAGAGACACCAAGAAGUCUAAGGACGCUGAGCUGUCUACGGAUCAGAAAGUCUUUGCUCCAGUCCUCGUCGGAUCUCCACAUCAUACAAAAGGUGGAGAGCCUACCCCUUCCAAAGUUAAUCAAGGAGUACUUACUAAUGGCCCACUUGUAACAAUUCUGUAGGGAUAUGAUAGUCUGUCUAUAAUAACCUUCUAGGGGAUAAAAACUGGAAGGCAUUCUGGAUAUCUCAGCUGGAAAAAUCAUGCAAAACUGUACUGUGAUGUAAUCAUCCCUUACCAUGUAUUGUACAUGUACUAUGAUGUAACAAUCCCUUACCAUGUAUAGUACAUAUACUGUGAUGUAACCAUCCCUUGCGGCUGCCUGUAUAUAGUACAUGUACUGUGAUGUAGCCAUCCCUUACCUGUAUAUAGUACAUGUACUGUGAUGUCAGGAACUAUCCCUUACUGUGUAUAGUACAUUUACUGUGAUGUAACCAUCCCUUACCGUGUAUAGUACAUGUACUGUGAUGUUACCAUCCCUUACCUGUAUAUAGUACAUGUACUGUGAUGUAACCAUCCCUUACCUGUAUAUAGUACAUGUACUGUGAUGUAAUCAUCCCUUACCAUGUAUAGUACAUGUACUGUGAUGUUACCAUCCCUUACCUGUAUAUAGUACAUGUACUGUGAUGUAACCAUCCCUUACCUGUAUAUAGUACAUGUACUGUGAUGUAACCAUCCCUUACCUGUAUAUAGUAUAUGUACUGUGAUGUAACCAUCCCUUACCUGUAUAUAGUACAUGUACUGUGAUGUAACCAUCCCUUACCUGUAUAUAGUACAUGUACUGUGAUGUAACCAUCCAUUACCUGUAUAUAGUACAUGUACUGUGAUGUAACCAUCCCUUACCAUGUAUAGUACAUGUACUGUGAUGUAAUCAUCCCUUACCUGUAUAUAGUACAUGUACUGUGAUGUAACCAUCCCUUACCAUGUAUAGUACAUGUACUGUGAUGUAAUCAUCCAUUACCUGUAUAUAGUACAUGUACUGUGAUGUAACCAUCCCUUACCUGUAUAUAGUACAUGUACUGUGAUGUAACCAUCCCUUACCAUGUAUAGUACAUGUACUGUGAUGUAAUCAUCCAUUACCUGUAUAUAGUACAUGUACUGUGAUGUAAUCAUCCCUUACCUGUAUAUAGUACAUGUACUGUGAUGUAACCAUCCCUUACCAUGUAUAGUACAUGUACUGUGAUGUAAUCAUCCAUUACCUGUAUAUAGUACAUGUACUGUGAUGUAACCAUCCCUUACCUGUAUAUAGUACAUGUACUGUGAUGUAACCAUCCCUUACCUGUAUAUAGUACAUGUACUGUGAUGUAACCAUCCCUUACCUGUAUAUAGUACAUGUACUGUGAUGUAACCAUCCCUUACCUGUAUAGAGUACAUGUACUGUGAUGUAACCAUCCCUUACCUGUAUAUUGUACAUGUACUUUGAUGUAAUCAUCCCUUACCUGUAUAUAGUACAUGUACUUACCCACCUUUACCAAUUGCAGCUGUUGAUUGAUCUGUACAAUCAGGUGUUUACUGUCUAGGGUGUUGGAAUGUAUCUGGGUGUGAGACAGUGUGUACUAUAUCUACCUGUGUGUUUAUGAUGAGAGUAAGAGUACAGAAAACCUUGGCGUUGGUAUAUUGUGUGAUUAAACAAAUCAAAAUUGUAUUUACCUGCUAAUUAUUUGAUAUCAUUUUGAGGACUGAAAUACUCAAUAUAUGUAAGAUAAUAUCUUUUUUAAUAUUUUCUGUCAGUAAUUAUUUGAAACGAUAGAGAAAACUCUAAUGACCGUCUAUCUAAGAACCGUAAUAUCUUACUAAUACAUGUAAGUAUAAAUGAAUAGGUAAUGAAGGCAUAAUGAUACAAUAGAAAGAAAACCUUUGUCCUUGAAUAUCUGGAAUACAACAUCCUUUGCUACCAUCAUAGUAUGUGUGAAAGUUAUUAGAAUCUCAAUGUACAAAUAAAAUGUUAUUUUUGAAACAUU